CUUUUAAAUGCAAGCAACAAGAAGGCUGAAGUAAAAGAACUAUUUUGUAUUUUUUUCCUGUUACAGACACUACUUGCCUGGGUUUAACUCAAUUUUCGUUAGAUUGUUUCAUCUCAAACGAAAUUGACAUACAAGAUAUGCGUGGUCAAGGUUACGAUAAUGGUGCAGACAUGAAAGUGAAAAAUGUAGGUUGUCAAAAACGAAUUUUAGAUAUAAACCCGCGCGCAUUUUAUGUACCAUGUGCGGCAAAUAGCCUACAUUUGGUAGUGAAUGGCGCUGCUAAAAGUUCAUUAGAAAUAGUAAAUUUCUUUUCAAUUGUGCAAGCAAAAUAUGUUUUUUUUCUGCGUCAACAGCACGGUGGCAGAUACUUGCUAAAUAAGUACCAACUUUAAGUUUAAAACCACUUUCAAAUACUCGAUGGCAGAGCAGGGUUGAAGCAGUAAAAGCUCUACGUUUUGAAAUGGGAAAAGUGUAUGAUGCCUUGUUUACCAUAUAUUCCGAUAGGAGCAAAAAUGCGGAGUCAAGAAAUAUGGCAUAUUUAUUACUGGGAAAAAUUAAGUCGCUUAAAUUCAUUUGCUCUCUCUGCUUAUUUGGUUUGAAAUUCAAUAGCAGAAUUUCCCACACCUGCACGCCCUCGCGCUCGUAAAAGGGUUUUUAAUUAUGAGGCGGAGGAUCAACCGAUCAUAGACGCGAAAACACAUUUUAAGGUAAAUUUUUACUACUAUUUAUUAGACACCGCAAUUAGUAAGUUCGACGAACGGUUCGAACUUCUCAAUCAAAUAAUGUAGUUUUUUUAUUUCUUCAAAAAUUGACACACUGGAAGGAUUUGGACUCGGAUACAAAAAAAGCACAUUGUUCUAAUUUAGAAAAUUAACUUUGCGAAGCUGGCUCUGUGAUUACCCAUGUUUAUUGAUGAUUCCACUACGCCGUUGGAUAUUUUAAAUUACUUGUAUACGAAUAAAUUGAUUUCAGGAUUCCCAAAUCUGUCCACAGCCCUGAGGAUUUACCUCACACUUCCAGUCACGGUAGCACACAGAGAAAGGUCAUUUUCUAAACUAAAAAUAUUUAAAAACUAUAUAAGAUCAAUAUUGUCUCUACUGUAACUGUUUUGCCUUAUAUUUGUAUUUUAUUCUUGUUAUUUUUGUUACUGUUGUGCAUUAAAAUGUUAUUAUCUUAUUGUCGCUAAAAAGAUUGACAAAUUUAUCGUUAA